AUGGAAAAGACAUCAAAGCGAAGGGCGGAGACCGAGAGCAAAUCUUUCACCGACAACAUGCUGCCAGGGUACAACAAGCGACGCUUGCCCGCAGCAGCGCAGGAGCUGGUAGACCGCGCUUUGAUGGACGACGAUCUGGCAGUUGCAAAGCCAGACGAUGCCAGGUGGGUCAAGCUGUACGAAGACCUACAACAGCUGGUUCAGACCCAGCCUUCCACCACAGACAUAGACAACGACGUCGUCCCCGACAGCGACGCCGACGACAACCAAGACGACACAUACCAAUGGGCCGAUGCUUCGUCUCCCGAAUCGGAACCUCACCCGGAACCUCACCCAUCUGGUCUCACUCCCACCGCCACUAUCCCCACGACGCUCCAACCCAACGCAUCACACCUCCCGCAAGCGGUGCACGCGUACAUCUCAUCAGCCUUCACACACAAACGCGGCGACCUCGUCAAAUCCGUCGCUAGCGAGAGUUGGGAGCCGGCGGCGUUGGCGGCGCUGAGCAUGGUGGCGGAGGAGGUGGCUAGAUCGCAGGCGACGUUCAAUGCUCGGAGGACGAUGUUUGCCAAGUCGCCGAGGAAUCGCCUGCUGGCGGCCAAGAGGGAGGCGAGGAAGAAGACGGCUUGA